GGGGAACUCAGGCUCCAGGAUUGAUUUUUUCGUUGACUUUUUUUCUGCCCACCGCCUGCCUGCCAACCAGACCUGUUGUGCACAAUCCACUUUGCGACGACGAGUAUCGGUUUUCUGCAACGCCAUUCCCGUCCACUGCUAGACUCUGCAUCUGCGUAGACGACGAGCGAACUCCCUCAGUUGCCGAUUUCUCAAACCAAGCUGGUACGGUCAUACUGCCGCCUACUAGCCUGCCUACUUAGGGUCGUUGGUGUGCCCGUUCAACUUUGUUUACACAGCCGGUCCGGUUUUCGAUUCUUGGUGCCCCUCAUUUCCUGCCGCCCAACAUGAGUGUUGUCGGUGUUGAUUUCGGUUCCCUAAACACCGUCAUCGCCGUCGCGAGGAACCGGGGUGUCGAUGUGAUCACGAACGAAGUCUCCAACCGGGCAACUCCGUCCCUUGUUGGGUUCGGACCCAAGUGCCGCUACCUCGGCGAGCCCGCAAAGACUCAGGAGAUCUCUAACCUCAAGAAUACCGUCGGCUGCCUGAAGCGCCUCCUCGGGCGAUCGCUCAAUGACCCCGAUAUCCGGAUAGAGCAGGAGUUUAUCUCGGCACCCCUCGUCGAUAUCAAUGGCCAAGUCGGCGCCGAGGUCACAUACCUCGGCAAGAAGGAGCAGUUUACUGCCACACAGCUGGUGGCCAUGUUCCUCAGCAAGGUCAAGCAGAUUACGCAAAACGAGCUCAAGCUCCCAGUUUGCGACCUGGUCAUGAGUGUUCCGGCUUGGUUCACCGAUGUCCAACGCCGCGCUCUUAUUGAUGCCGCCGAGAUUGCCGGCCUCAAGCUUCUCCGUCUCAUCAACGACAAUACCGCCGCCGCGUUAGGCUAUGGCAUCACCAAGCUGGACCUCCCCGCAGCCGACGAGAAGCCUCGUCGUGUUGCCUUUAUCGAUGUCGGCUACAGCGACUAUAGCUGCUCGAUUGUCGAGUUCAAGAAGGGCGAGCUCGCCGUCAAGGCCACGGCCUUUGACCGACACUUUGGCGGCCGCAACUUCGACCGCGCGCUUGUCGAGCACCUGCAGAAGGAGUUCCACGGCAAGUACAAGAUCGACAUCUUCAGCAACCCCAAGGCGCUCACCCGCGUCUACGCCGCUGCCGAGAAGCUCAAGAAGGUGCUGUCUGCCAACCAGCAGGGCCCCUUGAACAUCGAGUCCCUCAUGAACGACAUUGACGUGCGCGCCAUGAUCACGCGCCAGGAGUUUGAGGCUAUGGUUGAGCCCUUGCUGAACCGCGUCAACGGUCCUCUUGAGCAAGCUCUUGCCGACGCUAAGCUGACCAAGGAGGACAUUGACGUUGUCGAGGUCGUUGGUGGCGGUAGCCGUGUCCCGGCUGUCAAGGAGCGCAUCCAGGCCUUCUUCGGCAAGCCCCUUUCCUUCACUCUCAACCAGGACGAGGCCAUUGCUCGUGGCUGCGCCUUCAGCUGUGCUAUCCUCUCGCCCGUCUUCAAGGUCCGCGACUUCGCUGUCCAGGAUGUUAUCAGCUACCCGAUCGAGUUCGCCUGGGAGAAGGAUGCAGAUAUCCCUGAUGAGGACACCAGCCUUACCGUCUUUAACAAGGGUAACGUUAUGCCCUCGACCAAGAUUCUCACCUUCUACCGCAAGCAACCCUUCGACCUGGAAGCGAGGUACACUACUCCCGAGGCGCUCCCUGGCAAAGUUCCUCCCUUCAUUGGCCGGUUCUCGGUCAAGGGUGUCAAGGCGACUGGCCAGCCUGAGGACUUCAUGAUUUGCAAGCUCAAGGCUCGUGUCAAUAUCCACGGCGUUUUGAAUGUUGAGAGUGGCUACUACGUCGAGGAUCAGGAGGUGGAGGAGGAGAUAAAGGAGGAACAGAAUGGGGAGAAGAAGGACGCCGAUGCUAUGGACACGGACGCCAAGGACGAGUCCAAGCCAAAGACAAGAAAAGUCAGGAAGCAAGUUCGGAAGGGCGAGCUGCCCAUCGUCAGCGCCACACAGUCGCUCGAGCCUGCUGCCAAGGCUGCGGCCGCUGAGAAGGAAGCCUCCAUGCUCAUGGAGGACAAGCUGGUGGCCGACACGGAGGAGAAGAAGAACGAGCUCGAGACGUACAUCUACGAGCUCCGCAACAAGCUCGACGACCAGUACGCCGAGUUUGCCAGCGACGAGGAGAAGGCCAAGAUUCGCGAGAAGCUCGAGGCUACCGAGGAAUGGCUUUACGAUGAAGGCGACGACGCCACAAAGGCCGUGUACGUCGCCAAGAUGGACGAGAUCCGGGCUCUGGCCGGUCCCGUCGUGCAGCGCCACUUCGAAAAGGUUGAGGCUGAGCGUCGGGCACUUCAGGAGAAGCUUGAGGCCGAGCGAGCCGCCAAGAGAGCGGCUGAGGAGGAGGCUCGCAAGGCCGCCGAGGCCGAGAAGGCUCCCCAAGACGCCGCCAAUGCACCAAAAGAGUCCAAGGACGAGGAGAUGACGGAUGCGGAUGCCCCUCCCAAGCCUGAGACCGAGGAUGCCGGAGACCCGUAAAUAGAAGGAGCUGAAUCUUUCUCUUCCUCUGCUGCUUCUGGUCUUUCCUUUCCCUCGUGCUCGUGAAGGGGCUGGGGCAGAUCUUCUCCUGUAAGGUGGUGGUUUUUUGAUAGAUGGGCCUCACAGGAAUACGAAGCGGAAGCAUGUAUCAGGCGUAUCAAAUGUCUGUAUGGGUUCUAUUGUCUAAACUUGCUUGUUAGGAAGAAGGUGAGGAAAUUACCAUCAUGAUGAGCCAGCUUUAAAAAAGAGGAGGGUAUUCUACAGGAGACAGGAAUGAAAAUAGUACUCUGCUUGAAGAUGAACUUCGUUUUGAUAGGGAGUACCUGCAUUCUAGCGACUGUUUGUAAAGGUUCAGGUAAGUACCCAGCCGUCAGGAAUGCGGAGGCUUUGCAGCAGCAUGCUAU